AUAUACGUCACCCAUCUCUUGAAGAAUAACAUGAAAGAGAUCUGGAAUAUAAUUGGCGACAAAGAGGGACACAUCUACGUGUGCGGUGACGCCCGAAAUAUGGCGCGAGAGGUAAAGGAGAUCAUAAUCGAAACGAUUAUGACGGAAGGCAGCAAAACGCGUACCGAAGCCGAGGCCUAUCUGAAGCGCAUGGAAUCGCAGCGCCGGUACUCCGCGGACGUCUGGAGUUGAGCUCAUUGUCCGUCUAGUAGUAGUGAACCGUUUCAUCGUAUAGAUUGUAUUAUAAAUAAUUUUGUCCACGAAUUAAAUCUAUUUCUUAAGUAUAUUUUUAAUACGAAGUAAGCG